AAUGCCAGAUGCAAAAGAUGACUCUUUUUGUUAUGUCAGAAAAAUGGCAAAAACAAUCGAGAACGAUGAAAAACGUUUUGUGUUUCUGCGAAGUCAAGUAAAUUCAGUAGAAGAUUGUAUGAAGGAUGGGCCAAAGAAGUGUCAAACAAUUAAAUCUUUGGUUAUUUUGGCUUUGGAAGAAUUUAUUCCGAUAGAAAAUUAUAAAAGUGAUCCUAGAAUGCUUGAUUUUUGGUACCUGAUGGGCAAAUACAGCGUUAAUAUUGGUAUGGAGGGUGUUUUAGAAAAUGUUCAUCGUCUUGGGUAUUUUAAAAAUGUUCCAGAGUUUUAUCUGAUGUGGGCAGAUUAUUUGGGAUCACAGCAAAAUCGAGAAAAUUUUGACAAAAUUGUUCAAAUUUGUGAAGAAAAUUGCAAACUUGGUCCUUUUGAGAAACGCUUUAAGGCUUUACUCCAAAAACAUUUUAAAGAAGAUUAUUAUAAUGAAGGUAAAACAUUGGAUGUCAUAAAAAUGUUGGCAGAUAAAUCAGAGGUUGUGAGGUCUGAUUUAACUUUGUUUCAACGAAAUAAAGUUGUUGAUACUCCACAAAAUAUUAUUUCUGGCACAACAAUAAUUAAAGCAAAAAAUCAAUCAAAAUUAGCAAAAAAUACUGACAAAUUUGAGGAAGAAAAACAAAACUUAAAGGAAAUUAAUUUAUCACCAAAAACUGCUUCAACUUCAGCACCAAUUCAUGAAAAAUUUUCUGUUUAUAAGGAUGUUACUUAUACAAAUUCUAUAACUGUUCAAAAUACUGUUAAAAAUAAAAGGAUUUCGGUUAGUUAA